GUCUAUUGUACUCUAAUUGAAUCGAUUCUUUAGUACUUUAUAUACCGAGAGUCUAUUGCACUCUUGUUCCAUCAAUACUAAUCAUAAGUUGUUUAACAGAUAUUAUUGUACACUGAAAAAUAAUAAUAAUAAUUGCAUUUAUAUAAUUAUAAUAAAUUUGCUUUGCUCAUGUAAUCCUCUCAGCUUUUUGUUUUUUCCUUCUUUUCAGAUAUCCCAAUGAAGGCUUCUGGGUAGGAUAAGUGUUUCACCGUCUCCAUCUUCUGCGCCAGUCUAGCCCGAACUUUGUUAACUCUACGUCAUUCAGCAGUGAUUACUGCUAGCUGGGCGCUGGCUACAUAUCCAAAAUAAACAGGAGUUCUCCUGAACGGUGUUUGUUGUAAAGUGUUAUGAAAUGGAGGCAAAAUUAGAUGUUUCUGUAAUAUAAAGCCGAUCGGCGAUCAUACCCACGCAACCUCAGGAUGGUAAGCCUGUGGUUUGGAACUGGAAACGCGAAGGUACUCGGCACCAGUCCUUUCGUCCGUUUGUGAAGUCACGUGACUACAAUCUUCCAAGAUGGCGGUCAGUCAACAGAAAAUCGACCCUUCCAAGAAUGUUACGCGGGUACUGGAAAGCAUUUGUAAGGAGCGAAGGAAAGAAACAAUGGAUAAAGUUAGUGACGGUGGCUUCGUUGUUUUGGCUAUCGAGUCGUUCUGGACGCGUCUAUUUUCGCAGUAUUUUAUCUACAAGCACGACGAUAGCAGAGACGAUUUAUUAUUUUACGUGAAAAGCGCUGCACCUUCUAAGCGAGGAAAGGAUUCUAGUAAAUCUGAGGCUCAGAUAUUGGUCUUCAGAAAAGAUACCAAGAACUUGCCCAGUUUGGGUGACCCAGAUAUUGAUUGGGAAGAAACAGUUUAUCUAAACCUUAUUUUACACCAGUUCGAGUAUACAUUAACAUGUGCCGUGUGCACCAAGCCCCAUGAAAAAGAGCUGCGAAUACUGCGGCGAAUAUCUCAGCAAGUUUAUGCAACUCCAAGCAGAAGAAGAAUGGAUAGCAAAGGAGAGACCACUGAGAUAUCAUACCCAAACAUAUUUUUUGUAAUUGAUGAUUUUGAAGAGACAUUCAAGGACUUUACAGUGAAAGAUAAUGAGAUGGUGUGUGUUGAACUUGUAGCUAGAGAUAAGACAGAAUCUUUUAAAGGAGUGGUAUUUCUAGGAUCUAUACGAUUUGAAUCACUUAAGAAAGUUUACGAGAAUAGAGCGAGCAUGGCAACAAAGGUGGCUCAGAAGAUGUCCAUGGGUUGGUGGAAAGGCCAGUCAACUGUAGAGUUUAUCAAGAUGAAGGGACCUAGCGGGAAGGGGCAUGCAGAAAUGGCAAUAUCACGGCACAAGGACUGCACCACUCCUGAUUGUUAUUGCUCCAUAUGUACAGAAUGCGGUGGACGGGAAGACUGUGUUGGUUCGUCAGAUACUGACAUGCCUUGCCAAUGUACAACAGAUGACAGCUGUGACUGGUCUCAUUCACAACAAGUAUCAAGUAAAAAGAAAAAAGGUAGUACUGCAACAUCCUCAGUACAGCGAACAAAAUUAAGAAGAAGGUCAUUGGGAUCCUCAAUUUUAUCAGCAUACUUAACCUAUGUCACUUUACCUUGGAACAAAAUAAUAAAAGACAUCUUAGAAGUGCGACAACAGCCAAUACUCACAUGACCAAGGGAUUAAAUUAUUAGGCAUAUUUGAUGCAGAGUAUUAUGAAUUUGUGUAGUCUCUUUGCAGUUAUAAGGCCUUGCGCACGGUGUUGCGCAUCAGAGCGUAACAAAUUCUAACGCUAGGUUUAUGAUUAUAACUUUGAUCUCGAGAAAGCUACACACUUUUUAUUUUAUUUGGAUAACGUUUGUCUAAUGUGCAUCUCGAAUCCAAAGUUAGAGAUAGUAAAAAAAAUUCAAAAACAUUAAAAAAUAUAUCAAAAUAAAAACCGUUUUAAAGCCCAUUUUUUAUGAACAUUGCUCCAUCUUUUUGCUAAUUAAAAAGAAACUUUUUGUUUUGUAGUUUGAUCAAUGUCAUAAAUGGAAUGCACUUGAAAUUCUCUUUAAGAUGCUGUCCUUUUUAUAGAAAGAGGAAAAGAAAUGUGAACAAACGGGAGCGAUAAGCAGCGUUAAAUUUUUUUUCGACAAUAGAAAACACAAAACGUCGAAUUACGUCGUGCUUUUAUUUUGCCUUUUUUUGCGCGCCUUUUUUGCCCUUUUGCUUCUUGCCUUUUUUGCCCAUCGCGCCUUUUUGCCUUAUUUUGCCAUCGCGCUCUCUCUGCAUUUUCAUUGUGCUUUUUAUGCAGUAUGAAGUGUUUUUUUCUGUAUUUUUCACCCCUAGACAAUAUCAACCAGCUGUUACGAGUAUUAGCGAAAUCUAAAACAAGUGCGAAUAAUAUACUUUUCUAGACGUAAUUUCAGAAAAAGGAAUGGCUGCUGGCAGCCUGUUGAUAUAAUUUGAAAUUCCUCGGGUAUUUGUCUACUUUCAGUUCUUGCUUCUCAUUUUAUGCAAGACAAGAAUUCGCCCCGUUCGAGUUUGAAUAUUGCAAACUUAAAAGCAUGGAGAAAUAUACAUUCUAUAACGAAAAUAAUGUUAGAAGGCUAAAUUGUAAAAUGAUACAGCUCCCAUAAUCUGAAUUUUCCGAAGCUGGAUUGAAUUAUGAUUUUUUUAUAGCAGGAUUCUAGAAAGGUGCGCGAAAGGUAAAAGAAAAAAAGGCAAAAAAUAGUGCGCGAUAGGGCAUAAAAGGGCAAAAACAUGCGCGGUAGGGCAAAACUAGGCAAAAAGGCAAAACACAUUUGCAGCGUACAAAUGUUACGCAGCAGUUUAUGAUAACUACAUAACGUCCAUACUUCGACAACAAAAUAUUGUGGUUUUCUAUUAGGUUAGAAAAAUAGUAUGACUAUUUUUAAAAACUACGAUAAUCAAACUUUUAUAUCCCAAAUUCCGGAUACGUAUAACGCAAUACUUAAGAAAUUGCAGUAAAUCUAAAACGAAAUGUUGAGAAAUUCCUUGUUGAGCCAGGCCAUAUGCAAAAAAGUUUUUCCAAUCAUACAUUCCAAACAACAUGGAAAUAGCAAAAUUAUCAAUUAUAUGAAAGUUUAAUAAUAUAUUGUACAUAACAAAUAUAAAGAACAGUGUAAUUACGAAAACAACUGAGAUUUUUUUGGGACAUACAUGCAAUAAUAGGGUCUUGAUUGUCUGAACCCAUGUUCUGUAUUUUAAGUCUUGUAUCAAAGAAAUAAACUUUAAUGACAAA